CCUGCGUCCAAUCUUUCCUGAAACUCGCGUAUGCAACUGACAAACAAUGCGGUUUUAAAGUUUGAGGAUUUAUUAACAUUCAUAUAUCUGUGACGAAGAAUCGUUUGCAGUGAAUAAUUAUCUCUCAGUCAUGACGAGUGCAUUCACAUAAGAACUACAAACCAUGGCUUGAUAAACCACGAUUACGACGACUACCAGUGAAGAUUUACGGAGCUAACAAACGUGGGAGAAGCACAGCCUUUCAGCUGCUACUUUUCUUGUUUUUAUAUUUUUAACAUUUCGGAGUGUUUAUGUCUAAUUUGAGUUGUACGGACUUAUUGGUGAGCCCUGUAGAGGUACACUGCGUUCCUUGUUAUCAUCUUACGAGAAGCCCACAUAGGUGUAUGAAUGUCACACAUUACAACAAUCAUCGCCCAACUAAUCCAAAGGCAAAAUAUUCAAGGAGUACGAAGACAAAUAAACAUAAAGCUAGAUUAAGUCCUACCAGUAGCAAACCAAGAUGGCGCUCAAUGUCAACCGCAAUGUUACUGACCAGUUUUACAGAUACAAAAUGCCCCGUAUCAUAGCAAAGGUUGAAGGGAGAGGCAAUGGAAUCAAAACUGUUAUUGUAAAUAUGUCUGAGGUUGCUAAAUCUCUUGAUAGACCACCAACUUACCCAACCAAAUACUUUGGCUGUGAGCUAGGAGCACAGACUACCAUGGAUGGCAAGAAUGAUCGUUUUGUGGUGAACGGUUCUCAUGAUCCCCAAAAGUUACAGGAUAUGUUAGAUGGGUUUAUUAAGAAGUUUGUACUCUGUCCUGAAUGCGACAAUCCUGAGACUUCUUUGGUCAUUUCUGCUAAAGCCGGUACCAUUGGUCAACGUUGUAUUGCAUGUGGAUACCAAGGUCCUAUUGACAUGCGCCAUCGCUUGACUACAUACAUUCUGAAGCAUCCACCUGGCUCUGAAAUAUCUGGCUCCACUCCCAGCAAAAAGGAGAAAAGAAACAAGGGGAAAAAAGAAAAAUCUGGCAAACAGAAUGGUGACGCUGAUCGUGAUUCUCCAACUGGUUGCAACAGCCCACCCCCUCAAGAAGAUGGUCAGAUUGAAGUACCAGCAAAGGUAACCAACGAUGGCUUUGAUGAUGAUUGGUCUGUGGAUACCAGUAAACAAGCAGUCGCCAGACGUAUGGAAGACCUAACUGAUGGUGCUAAGGGUUUGGCACUCACUGAUGAUCUAGAAAAGACUCAACAAGAACGUGUUAACAUGUUCUAUUCAUACGUCAAGAAUAAAAGAGACAAUGGUCAGAUGGUUGGUUCUGAUAAAGAUUUCCUGGCAGAAGCAGAACGUUUGGAAGUGAGAGAGAAAGCACCUUUAGUUCUUGUUGAGCUUCUCUUCAAUGAGAAUAUGAUCUCCCAGAUUAAAGAAUACCGCCUUCAUUUCCUUAGGAUGGUACACGAGAAUAAAAAAGCCCAGAAGAAUCUUCUCGGAGCCUUUGAGAUUCUUGUUGGAACUGUACAUCCCGACGUUCUCUUGCCUAAAAUACCACACAUCUUGAAAGCUCUGUAUGAUGCUGAUUUUGUAGAGGAAGACGUCUUGUUGGCCUGGGGCAAGAAGCCAUCUAAGAAGUUUGUGUCUAAAGAGAUAUCUCAGCAAAUCCAUGAGAAAGCUGCACCAUUCAUCAAAUGGUUGGAAGAAGCUGACGAGGAGUCAAGUGAAGAGGAAGAGGAGGAAGAGUCUGUACAGGUUGUGUACUCCAGCCACAGUGGUGACUCGUUGAAAAUAGAAUCUGUGCCACAGAAAAAUGAUGUACCACCACCACCACAACUAGAGGAGGAUGACAUUGACAUUGAUGACAUCUAAAAAUGAAUCACUAAUAUGGAUAAAAGGGACCCACCCUGUUAGUCUGUAGUUGCACUGUUGUGUUUGCAUCUAAACAACUACUUGAUAAAAUUAAUAUUUGUGACGUUGUCCUUACUCUAUUCAUCAAUGGACAACCAAAGGCAUAUUAUUUUCUUCCUCCACAACUUCAUAUAUGUUAAAUAAUAUUUUAAUGCCUUUGUUUAAUGGAAUACCUUGAUUCAAAUAUUUAAUGUAUCUGACUUUUUAUCAUUGCAUCAGUAGUUUAUGUUCAAUGCAUUCUCAUAAGAAAACAAAAUUAGCACUGAUCAAUUGUAUAAAUGAUGAAAUUUUAAUUUUUAAGAAUCUAAAUUUAAGAUGCACCAAAGCUGAAAGUUGAUAUUCAGAGCAAGCCUGUAGUAGUAAUGCUGUUCACAAGUCGUCCAACCUGUACGUCAAUAGAUUCAUACCUGUAAUUAAGUUAUUAUUACAAUAGAGGCAAAUGGGUUUUUGUGAUCUUAUAGCGACAUUGUCACUGAGAUUAAAACAUUGGUUAGAAUACCAUGGUCGGGAUUACAUGAACCCAAAUACAAAUGACUGAACUUCAUAAUGCCUCUGACUAACAGUUUACAUGCUUGCUGUUAAAAUAGGCUUAAAUGGUGCUUGUAAGAGUCUGAAUUUGAUUGUGCCCUUAAGUUGUCAUGGGUACAAGAUGCCAAAUAGCCAGAUUUAAUAGUUGUAGGCAGCAGCAGCAGCAUUGCAGUUGCCAUGGAUAUAUUGUCUUCCAGGCCAAUUUCAAUGAAGAUCUGGCGUACAUUUUGUUAAUUUAAAUAAAGGAUGUCCAAUGGAUUCCUAUAGAAUGUAUACUAUUAAUUCAUUUGUUGUAUUAAUAAUUAAUUUUUUAAACUUGGUCUGGUUUCCCAAACACGGCAUUGCUGCACAUUUUGUUUUUCUUCCUUUCAGACUAUACUGGUAAUUAAAUUAUAAUAAAUUAAGUAAUUUAAUGUUUUUGUUUCAAUUAUCUGAAUUGUCGUAUUUGAGGGACAGGGUUCCCAACAUUUUUUUUUGGUUUAGUUAUUUGUUUGAAAUCUAUCAUGACUUGAAUCUGAAGUUCAUAUUUUUCUUUAAACAUUGUCAUUUCUGUGGUUGUUAAAAUUGCAUAUGUGCGAGUAAGGCAAAUAAAAAAAAUAUAUAUAUAUAA